AUGCCUGUCGACUACAGCAAAUGGGACGCGUUGGAGCUCAGCGACGACUCGGACGUUGAAGUGCACCCCAACGUCGACAAACGUUCGUUUAUUCGCGCCAAACAGAACCAAAUACACCAGGAACGACUACAACGGAAGCACCAGAUAGAGACGCUCAAGUACGAGCGCGUCAUCAACGAUGGCCUCAUGAAGCGUAUCUCGGGCUUGCUCGAAGCCCUGAAAUCCCACGCUUCCGAGGCAGAAACGCGCAACCCUGGAGAGGUGGCUUUCCAGGCCGUUAUGGAGUCUGCAGGAAAGCCCGAGGAUGACCAGCCUCCCCCGCGCCCCGAAGGCGUCCACAGCGAGUCGGAGCCCCUGCCUACCUUUUCCAAGAUGAUGGCCGUGCUGCUCGACCAGGUCAACAAGGAGCUGGACGAGAAGAAGCCUGGGAACCGCUACCAGGGCAUGCUCGAGGGUGUCGAGGGGCACUUGAAGAAGGUGCAGGGCCUGCAAAAGGAGCUGCUGGCCAAGCUUGCCGAACUGGAAAAGGAGGAGGGCCGCAAGAUCACGAGCGAGGGUAUCCACACGGGCUUCGAUAGCUCGCAUGUCAACAAGUCCAAGUCUGAGGGCAAGGAGCCGGAGCGCAAGCCGGAGCUGCUCAACCCCAACUUUGACAUGUCGCAGACGCUUCCCCCGAAGGACUCAAAGACCUCCUACGACGACGACGAGGAAAUCGAGGCGUCGCCCGCCGCGAAGAAGUUUGCGCAGAUCAAGGCCGCGGACUACUCUUCCAGUCUCGCGUAUCUGUCGAGUAACCCUCAGAUUCUGACAGAGAGGGAGACGGAUGGGCUUCUCGUCCUCGCGUUCGACGCGGCCCUCGAGGGCAAGGACGACUACUGCCGGCAGUGCGUACACCAGGCGCUGCUUCUGCAGUACUGCCGGGCGCUGGGCAAGGACGGUGUAGGCAUGUUCUUCAAGCGUAUCACGACAAAGGGACACCAGGCUCAGGAUGUGUUCUACAAGGAUGUCCAGGACACGUACGGCAAGAUCAGGAACCGCGCGAGGGAGAUUGUCAAGGAGCGCGCCAACGAGCCGGAAGGCGUGGAGCAGAUCCAGCUGCAUGCCGUGGAGCCCGGCACGGAGAUCAAGAUUACCAUACCGCCUGAAGGUAGCGAGGACCCGGCGGUCAAGGAGGGUCGGGCCAUUUUCGAGGCGUUCAGCGCCGAGUUCCGCAAGGCGCUCGAGAGCGGCAGCUUGGACGAGGUGAACAAAGUGCUCGGCAAUAUGAAGGUUGACGAGGCGGAGGACAUUGUCGGCAAGCUUAGCGAGGCCGGUAUUCUGAGCCUCGAGGAGCAAAUUAUCGAUGCCACGACGGAAGAAGGCCAGAAGGCGCUCAAGGACAUGGAGGCAGCAGCCGGCUCGGAAUCCGGCUUCGCGCCGGACCCAGAGUAA